UCAGUAGCUUUAGCUCGCCAUUUCAUAAAAUUGCUUUGAAAGUACGUUGAGGCUACAAAUCAUUUUUGUAACAUUACUUAUUGAAUGAAGAACAAGUGCAAGAUGCAUUCAACAUUUCUAAGCCUGAUGCUGCUGCUGCAGUUACUUAGCCGGCUGGGACGCUGCCAGGAUCAGCAACUGUUGGUGCCGAGCAUCGAGAGCAAUGCCAAUGUGCAACAGCAACAACAACAACAGCAACAGCAACAACAACAACAACAGCAGCUGCAACAACAACAGCAACAACAGCAACAACAACAACAGUUGCACAGCAGCAACAUCAACAACCAGCAGCACCUGGGCAAUCCCAGCCUGAACAGCUCGAUGUUCAAUGCGAUGCUCGCUGCCACUGGCCAAUUGGCUGGCCCAGCCAUUGGCGGCACGAUGCAGCUGCCCGUUGGCGCUGGCGGUGCGGCGAUCAAUCAGCUGGGCGGCGGCCUGGCCACCGGCGGCCUGGGCAGCAGCACGGCAAGCGCGCCGGCAGCCGGUGGCAUUGGACAUGGGCAUGUCAUGAACCAUGGCUCGACUCAUGGCAUGGGCGUGCAUGGCGCUGCCGGACAUGGCCCUGGACCAGGACACGCACAUGGACAUAUGAUCCCGGCUCUGGCCAAUCUGGGCGUGAUAUUGAGCGGCAAGGGCAUGUCGGGCGGCUAUGGAGGAACCAUGCUGAACCCAGGCGCCACAGGAAACGUUGCGGCAGGAGGCAUUGCUGUUGGCGGGGGAGGCGGCAUGGAUAUGCAGAGUCCAUACGAACAUUUCAUUUCGGAACACACAGUCAUGGCCGUUUUCACAUCGCAGGGUCAGGUGGGCGGACCCUGCCGUUAUAUGCCUGCCACACGGCGGCAGAAUCAUCAGUGCCGCAAGGAGACCGGUCUGCCUGGUGCGCUGAGCGAGGCACGACGCUUGGCCACCACCCACUGCGAGGAUCAGUUCCGUUACGAUCGCUGGAACUGUUCCGUCGAGACGCGCGGCAAGCGUAACAUAUUCAAGAAGCUCUACAAGGAGACGGCAUUUGUGCACGCCCUAACGGCAGCCGCUAUGACCCAUUCGAUAGCCCGAGCGUGCGCCGAGGGCCAGAUGACCAAGUGCACCUGCGGGCCGCGCAAACAGAAUCGUCCGGAUCAGGACUUUCAAUGGGGCGGCUGCAACGAUAAUCUAAAGCAUGGCAAGCGGCUGACGCGCAACUUUCUCGAAUUGCACACCAGCGAUGGGGACGAGGUUACCGAAAUAUUGCGACAUGACUCUGAAGUUGGCAUCGAGGCCGUCUCCACGCUGAUGAAGGACAAGUGCAAGUGCCACGGCGUCUCCGGCUCCUGCUCGACGAAGACCUGCUGGAAGAAGAUGGCUGAUUUCAAUUCUACGGCCACGCUGUUGCGCCAGAAGUAUAACCAGGCCAUACGCAAGCCCACCAACCAGCGCAACACGCGCCAGACCACGGCGAGUCGCUUGAAAAAACCAAAACAGCGACGUAAGAAACAACAACAAUACACAACGCUCUAUUAUUUGGAGACCUCGCCCAACUACUGCUCGGUCACCAAGAAUCGCCAGUGUCUGCAUCCCGACAACUGUGCGAAUUUGUGCUGUGGGCGUGGCUAUGUCACGAGCGUCCUCAAGAAGAUGGAGAACUGUCGCUGCCGAUUCAGCAAUGGACGUUGUUGUGAUCUGAUCUGUGACUUUUGUCAGCGCUAUGAGAAUAAAUAUUAUUGUAAAUAAGUAGGCUGGGCCCCGCCAACUUCCUUCCCAGCACUAUAUCUCUAAAUCUCUGUCCCUCCCUCUCUCGUACUAUCUAUCUCUCUCCAUCACACACAUAUGGCAUACACAUAGAAUGCUCUCUUUCUACUUUUUAAAUGUAAUUUGUAAAGUUUUUUUCGAUUAUGGCUUGUAUUUUUUCCAUUCCUAACUUAAAGAAAAUACUUUGAACAAAAUGAUAAGCAACGCGAAAAUGAUAUGAAAAACCAAUAUAAACAACACUCGGAAAAGAUCACACACUCACACAGACACACGCACACACACACACACACACACAUACAUGCUCACACAUACAAGCAUAGACCUACAUCUAUAUUAUAGAUAUUAACGUAUAUAGUAACAGUUAGCUGCCGUCGCAUUCAGAACAAAAAAA